CAUAAACCGUCUGCAGCCACUCGUCAGUGUUGCUUGCACAGAGCACACGUAGCGGACACGAUGGCUCUGGCCGAGGUGUCCAAACGCGACGACUCCCACUUCCCGGACAUCAUCGAGUUGAACGUCGGAGGUCAGGUGUACGUCACCAGGCUCCAAACUCUCGUGGCCGUUCCGGACUCGCUCCUGUGGCACAUGUUCAGUCGCAAGACCCCCAAGGAGCUGGCGAGGGACACCAAGGGUCGCUUCUUUCUGGACCGAGACGGCUUCUUGUUCCGCUACGUCCUCGAUUAUCUCCGCGAUCUGAACCUGGUGCUGCCGGACUAUUUCCCGGAGAGGAGCCGGCUGCGGAGGGAGGCCGACUUCUUCCAGCUUCGGGAGCUGGCCAAGCGGCUCAGCCCGCAUGUGAGCAAGGACAACUCCAUCAGCGAGGAGAUCAGCCAAAGCGACACCGAGGAGGGCGCGCUACAAGGCGGACAACCGUGCGCCGCAGCUGCAGGCGCGGAGGUGGCUUUACGCGCGGGAGGAGGCGGCGGUGGCGGCGUUUCGGCCAUGCGCUCACCGUCUCUGGACUCCAGGAAGGCGGGGUACAUCACCAUUGGCUACCGGGGUUCGUACACCAUCGGCCGGGACAUCCAGACCGAUGCCAAGUUCAGGAGGGUGGCGCGCAUCACCGUUUGCGGGAAGACCUCCCUGGCCAAGGAGGUGUUCGGAGACACACUGAACGAGAGCCGGGACCCGGACCGUCCACCGGAGAGAUACACGUCACGCUAUUACCUCAAGUAUAACUUCCUGGAGCAGGCCUUUGACAAGCUCACUGAGGUGGGCUUCCACAUGGUGGCCUGUAGCUCCACGGGCACCUGCGCCUACACCAGCAAUGACCCCAACGAGGACAAAAUAUGGACAAGUUACACCGAAUAUGUCUUCUGUAGAGAACAGUAGCCAGGAGACCCUUUUGGGUGUAAAUGAGAGCCUUGAAAUCUAGAAUGGUCUUCUGUUAGCUGACUUAUGCCCUUACUGAUUACAGUGAUUAGAAGACCACCCCCCAGAAAUACACUCAAAUACGUGGUCGUAGACUACUACAAUGUAUCACAGUGGGCAUCCUCUAUAUGUAUAAGUAUCAGCGUAAACAGUUAACUAUCUUUAGAAUUACACUGAUCCUAUAUAUAAAAGAAAUAAAUGUCCCAACUUGAUCAGAUAACACGUUUGAUCUCAAAUACUGCAUAAUUUAAAGGAAAAAUGAGCCCCAUGUUCUGCAGCAUCUGAUUUUCAACUUUUCUAACUUAUCACUGUCAUUGUAUCUCAAAAUAACCAUAUGAGCCUAAUACUGGGUAUGUGAAUAACGUACGUGAAUACAUACAAGAUCCUUUUGCUUAUGGACCUUAAAAAGCCCACAGGGUGCAAUGGCCACAGAGGGGUAUGUAGGGCCAUUGUGACGUCAUGGCAGCGCAACGCAAUAAAGUGGUGAUUUUGUGCAGAAAUAAACUUGUAUUAGCUUAUCAUGCUGUAUUUGGAGUCGUUUUUUUAAGUGUGUGUGUCAGUUCUUUAGUUUUCUGUCUAUACAUGUCCGCUCUCUGCUGUGUGGUCAGUGGAACACAAUGCUUUUUGUCAUGUGACAAUGUUUGAAAAUACGGCUGUUCUGCCGAGCAACAA